GCCGGGCUGUGGCUGUCGGGCCGGGGCCGGGCUGUGGCUGGGCGGAGGCCGGGGUUUGAGACACUUCCUUUUGUUAAAGGUGCUUUGUCAAGGAAUUAUACCCUUGAACGGCACAGAUAGGCUUACAUGAAUCAAAAUGUCCUAUUUAACUCAUGAAGUUCAACUGAGCAAGCGUCACGAAGAAAUAUUAGCUCAAAGAACUAUACUGCUUCAGCAAAUGGAAAGUCAGCUCGAAGAUCAGAAAAGUGGAAAACAGCUUCAAGCAAUAGAGUCGAAAGCAGCUAAUAAAAGAAAUGCAACUCUUUUAAAAGAUUUGGAAGCAGCAGAAGAAAGAUUAGAGGCUAGUUCACACAUGCAUCCUCAUCCCAGUGUUGCCACACUCAAGACGAGGUACUGGGCAUCUGUUGAACAAGAGCUUCCUAACUGGGAACAGUUUUUACUUGGGCAAAGAAUGAGUCCUAUCCAAGUCAGAAAACGGAAAUAUGAGAAAAAAACACAAAAAGAAAUAACGCAAGAGAAAGGCAAAGUUGCUCAUCUCACGACUCCUCCACACUCACCCAAACUGAAAAGCUGAGGUCCAUUAAACUGUAUCUCAAAUAUAUUUUGAACAAUUUAUUGUGUAACCUAAAACUUGUUUUUGUUUGCUGAUUUCUUCUAUGAAGCACUUUGAGACGUCUCGA